UCACGCUUGCUUGUCAAUUGAUUCCUUCACUGACAGCUCGGGGAGUAAACAUUGCAAAAGGGGCCCCCUUUCCAAAGAGCAGCGCCAGCAAUGUGGCCAAGUGCAGCCCUGCUGUGUUGUGUUUGCAUCAGUUGUGCCCAUGCCCUCUCCAAUCACCCCAUUCUGGUUGUGGUGUCUUACGAUGCGUUCAGGUACGAUUUUUUCGAACAGCGGCUGCCCCACAUGGAGCAGGUCCGUGCUCAGGGGGUAUACGCCGAGUACUUGAUCAACGUGUUCCCAACUAAAACUUUUCCCAAUCAUCACUCCAUUUCCACCGGAUUGUACACGGAGGUGCAUGGAGUGAUUGGCAACUCCUUCUAUGAUUCCGCCUUGAAAAAUGUGGUGGGCAUGGGAUUUGAAAUGUACCACUACAAUGACGACGUUAAGCCCAUUUGGAGGCUGAAUGAGGACUUGGGUGAGGGUAGGCAUUCAGGAGCAGUCAUGUGGCCGGGCAGCAACUUUCCCUACCAGAACAAGACCAUCACCUGGACGCUGCCCUUCGAGGCUGGAUACGACUGGCAAAAACGGGUGGAUCAUGCCAUCAGCUGGAUUCUGGAUCCGUUCAGGCCUGCCAAUCUGGUGAUGCUCUACUUUGAGGAACCGGACACGCAUGGACAUGCCUUUGGACCCAACUCCGAAGUUGUGCGCACCCAAGUUCAUAAACUGGACAAUAUCACCGGGUACUUGCACGAACAACUGCACGCCCAUGGGUUGAGCGAUUUGGUGAACGUGAUCCAUGUGAGUGAUCAUGGAAUGACCGCAGUGACGCCGCCUCGCUUCAUCAACAUCACCCAGUAUAUGCAGAAUGGGACCUAUGAAUGGGCUGGCGCCAGCCCUGCCAUCCAGAUCACGCCCCAUCAAGGACAUGAGCAGGAGAUUUACAGCGGCCUGAAGGCAGCUUCUAGGCGAAACGGCCACUUUGGGGUCUACAACAAGUCCGAGUACCUGGAAAGGUGGCACUACAAGAACAAUUCGCGGUCGCCCCCUAUACUGGUACUAGCGGACGUUGGCUAUGCUCUAGAUGACCUCAUUAGGGCCGCCCCACGGUUUGCUGAAAAGUACAACUUCACUUUGACCAACAGUUCGGAAUUCGGGGUGCAUGGAUAUGAUUACACGGAGACUCAGAUGCACCCGUUCUUCAUGGCUGUGGGGCCUCAAAUCCGGCAACAUACCAAAGUGGAGCCCUUCCAUACGGUGGAUCUAUUCUAUUUAUUCUGCGCCAUUCUCGAUCUGCCUGCACCUGCCAACAACGGUUCGAUUAUUCCAACUCAGCUGGUUUUGCAGCCGAUGCCCGGCAGGUUUCGCGUUGGAACCAUCGUGAUGAUCAGCGUAGGUGGAGUGUUGCUGGUUUUAAUCCUAGUGAUUCUGACGGUUGUUUUUACGCUGAUGCUGAUCAAGCGGCAACAGAACAUCACAACCACUGCCGCGUUGAAUAAGCGGUUUCCGCAAACGUUCCAGAAUUAUAUCGAGGCGCAACACCUUCUGGAGCCCGAAGACGCUUAAUCAGUCCGCAGGUACAAUUUUCUACUCUAACGUUUGUUGCGUUGCUCAAUACUUAAGUAAUCAACGGCUUCGGAGCCGAUGUGAUCGACAGUACGUCCAAGAAAUCCAAUAAUAAUGGCCUGUUGGCCUGGUCGCUUUGGACAAUAACACAGUAGAUUAGUAGGUUUGUGGGUGAGGAAUUUGCGCAAAUUAGUUUGCGCGAACGAGGCUGCUCUCUUGUUUUUUCCAAAACUCCACAUUGUUGAGGCCGGUGCGUUUCAAAACAUUUCAUGGAGGUAGUUUGCCUGAAAUUAAGCGUCGUUGGAAGGUCUAUCAAGCUUUCUAGUGAUUAAUUAGUUAACUGUCUAUCGCACAACAGAUCAAAGUGCACGAUUUCGUUCAGAAGCGGCAUGCCAAAAGACAAAGUCAACACCUGGGUGAUAUUAGUUGUUAGAAUGUUGAGCGAUUAAAGUUGUAAGCAAUCA